CCCCCCAAUUCUUCUCCACCGCCAGCGAAUGUGAGUAACAAACAAAACAAAUACCCCUCCCUCCCUCUUCUUCUUAUCCCUCGUCUUCGCCCAGAAGAGUAAACCGCCAAAGCCCAUUUGCAACAAGACGAUGGGUGGCGGUGGCAGAGGAACGGCUGGAGCGAUGGAGAUCGAAGAGGCGUCCGAGAAGGAGGAAGAGGAUGAGGAGUUCUCGCCGAUCGAGCAGGUGCGGCUGACGGUGAGGAACACGGACGACCCGACGCUGCCGGUGUGGACGUUCCGAAUGUGGUUCCUGGGGCUGGCGUCCGUCUGCCUGAUGUCGUUCCUCAACCAGUUCUUCUCGUACCGCAGCGAGCCGCUGGUGAUCACGCAGAUCACCGUGCAGGUGGCGUCGCUGCCGCUGGGCCACUUUCUGGCCCGGGUGCUACCCACGUGGAGGUUCCGGCUGCCGGGGCUGGGGCAGCGGGAGUUCUCCCUCAACCCGGGGCCCUUCAACAUGAAGGAGCACGUUCUCAUCUCCAUCUUCGCCAACGCCGGGUGCGCCUUCGGCAACGGCUCCGCCUACGCCGUCGGCAUCGUCAACAUCAUCAGGGCCUUCUACAAGCGGAGUGUCAGCUUAAUCGCCGGCUGGCUGCUCAUCAUCACCACCCAGGUGUUGGGGUACGGAUGGGCGGGGCUGAUGAGGCGGUACGUGGUGGAGCCGGCGCACAUGUGGUGGCCCAGCACGCUCGUGCAGGUCUCGCUCUUCCGAGCGUUGCAUGAGAAAGAAGACGGCCGAAUUCGCCGCAUUUCGAGAGCCAAGUUCUUCGUCAUCGUGCUCAUCUGCAGCUUCUGCUGGUACACGGUGCCAGGGUACUUCUUCCCGACCAUCACCAGCAUGUCGUGGGUCUGCUGGUUGUUCUCCAAUUCUGUCACGGCCCAGCAGCUCGGGUCCGGCCUGAAUGGGUUGGCCAUCGGCGCCUUCACCCUCGACUGGUCCACCGUCGUUUCCUUCCUCGGCAGCCCGCUGGUGUCCCCUUUCUUCGCCAUCGUCAACGUCUUCAUCGGCUUCGUCAUCUUCGUAUACAUCGCCAUACCCGUGGCCUAUUGGGGUCUCAACUCGUUCGAUGCCAAGACUUUUCCCAUCUUCUCCUCGGAGCUGUUCGCUGCGACUGGCCGAAAGUACAACAUCACUGCCAUCGUGAACGAUCGGUUCGAGAUCGACAUGGCGGCUUAUGAGAAGCAAGGAAGGAUCAAUUUGAGCAUGUUCUUUGCUCUAAGCUAUGGUUUCGGAUUUGCUGCCAUCGCAGCUACGUUCACCCAUGUUAUGUUCUUCUACGGCAGGGAGAUCCACGACCGGUACCGUGCUUCCUAUAAAGGGAAGCCAGACAUCCACACGCGCUUGAUGCACAAGUACGCGGACAUCCCCGGCUGGUGGUUCUACUCUCUGCUCCUACUGACCGUGGCGGUGUCGGUGGUGCUCUGCACGGUGCUCAAAGAUCAAGUUCAGCUGCCAGUCUGGGGGCUCUUUUUCGCCUGCGCUCUUGCCUUCAUCUUCACCCUCCCCAUCAGCAUCAUUACCGCCACCACCAACCAGACUCCGGGCCUCAACAUCAUCACCGAAUACAUGAUGGGUCUACUGCAACCGGGGAAGCCCAUCUCCAAUGUCUGCUUCAAAGUGUAUGGUUACAUGAGCAUGGCCCAGGCCGUGUCCUUCCUGGCGGAUUUUAAGCUUGGCCAUUACAUGAAGAUCCCACCCAGAUCCAUGUUCCUGGUUCAGCUGAUAGGCACCAUCAUCGCCGGAACCAUCAACAUCACCGUGGCGCACUGGAUGCUGGGAUCCAUCGAUAACAUAUGCGACCGAGCUCGGCUGCCCCCGAACAGCCCCUGGACGUGCCCGGGCGACCGGGUCUUCUUCGACGCCUCGGUCAUCUGGGGAUUGGUGGGGCCCAGGCGCAUCUUUGGGCCGCUGGGAAACUACGGAUCCCUCAACUGGUUCUUCCUGGGCGGCGCCAUCGGUCCCGUGCUGGUGUGGGGCCUGCACAGGGCGUUCCCGGCUCGGUCGUGGAUCCCCUUGGUCAACCUCCCGGUGCUGCUGGGGGCGACGGGGAUUAUGCCCCCGGCCAGCCCCAUCAACUUCACGGCGUGGGUCGUGGUGGGCACCGUCUUCAACUACGCGGUGUACCGCCGGCGGAAGAAGUGGUGGGAGCGGUUCAACUACAUUCUGUCGGCGGCCAUGGACGCGGGAGUCGCCUUCAUGGGCGUCCUGCUAUACUUCGCGCUCAACAUGGAGAACACGAGCAUCGACUGGUGGGGAACUGAUGAGCACUGCCCGCUCGCCACGUGUCCGACGGCCAAAGGGGUGCAAGUGGAAGGCUGUCCGGUCUUCUGAGUCUCGUCGACUUUGACUCGCCCUAGCCUAGCUUAUUUUUCGGACGUGUGGUGGUGGUGGUGGUGUUUCAGCUGAAAUUUCAACUAGGUGUUUGUGUUGCUAUUCCUGCCGA